AUGGCGACGAUGUUCGAUUUCGAGACUGAUGUUCCACUUUUGGGCAUCACGAUUGACCCAGACAAUCCAGAAAAAAGCGUGAAAGAAGUUCUUAAAGUCACAAAAAAGACGUGGAGCUUGGAGGAUGUUAAAUUAGAGACAGGUAAUAUCGGCUAUGUCAACAAAACACUUGUAGCCGUGCUAAAUGGAGGUCCGGAGAAAGUGGUCUUCAGGGUGUUUACCGAAUCUUUCGCAGCCAUCAUGAACAAGGAACGGGAGAAAGUUGUAACCCUCCUGCUCCACGAGCUGAAAAUCGCCCCGAGCGUUAUCUGUGUGUUCGCCAAUGGCAUCUGCUUCGAAUUUAUCGAAGGGGAGACGUUCCACUGGAAGGAUUUCUCGGCGUUUGACGAUAUUCGCCUUGUCAAGUCAGUCAUGAGGGAACUGGCCCGUUUCCAUAGCCAAAAGUCGCGCGAUUUAGCCAUCAACAAAUACCACUUGGAAGAGACUGACUUCCUGAAUGGUCACAUGAGCAACUGUUUGAAGAUGUAUCCAGAUGAAGAGAGGGUUCAAGCCUUGCCAGAUGGAGAGGUCAAAUAA